AAAAAGACCAACGAAUCUAUGCAACACCAGUGCAAAGGACGCUCUAACCAGCGCACUCUUCAAGCACUGGCCGAGGUGUGACGCUUUUAGUCGACCUCCUGGACUUCUGUGCAUGGUUCCUGCCGGAGGUGGAUCAUGCCGCCAAAGGCUGGACCGACAAUACCCUCACGGUUUACGGCGGCGAAUUCCCCCAGCAUGACGAUGCCUUGUGCGAAGCCAUCUUUGGCCUGCGCCACGCUGGCAUCUACCUGGAGUUCUUCAUGGAUCCUCCACGAGGACACGGCCUCGUGGAUUCCGCCACGAACAGUUGGAUCGAUGAGGGGAAGCGGCGAUGCAACCAGGGCUUGGACGUGGCCAAGGCGGUCCGUCUGUGGUGUCGUGGGGAGCGCAACGACCUGCCGAACCUCGUAGAGGCACGCUCCUUGCCCCCGCUCUUCUACGAACAGGUGGUAGCCACUCUCGCGCGCUGUGGGUGUCAGGUGUGGCACCUAAGCGCCCAUGAGCAAUCGCCCUUGCUAUCUACGAGGCGUGGCUCCGACUGGGCGCAUGUUUGGGGCAUUGUCUCAGACAACAUCGACUGGGCGGUCGUGCCGGGCAUGAAGCUCAUCCCGCUGUCGUUCUUCGACCUGCAUGGUGUGCUGAAGCCCAAAGACGCGGAGUCGCCACAAUGGCCCGAGGUGGAAAGCUUCCUGGUGGCCUACACUUCGGCGGACCUCGUGGCAGAGCAUCUCAGGUUGGGCCAUCCUCCGAAGGAGGAGGAAGUGAAGGAGUACAUUGCCAAAGGCAAGGGGAAGGGUGGAAGCUUCGGUCGCCGGAACUGGCCCUUCAAGUGGUGGUUCGAAUCAGUCUUGCUGGAGCUCUCGCUGCUCAUUGGCACUGAUGCCACGACACCCUUUAUUCAGAAGCACAAACUCUAUGCCCAGAUCGGCUUGCGCAUGGGGCAGGACCCUGUGGAGUCGAUCACCAAGUGGUUCCGAGACCAGCUCUACUCCAAGAAGCUGCGAUGGCGAGAUGUUCAACUCGAGGCACUCUCGCCCGUUCUGCAGGAGUUGGCGGAGAAGGAUGCCGACUUUGGUUUGGCCUUACAAUGCUCUCGGAAGGUUUAUGGGCAAGACAUCAAUGGGCUCCGCAGGGUAGUCACAUCAGUGGAGCAACAACGAAAAGCUGCCGGAGAGAAGGUGCCAGCAGUUCUGCGGCAGGAGGACAAAGAUUUGCCUGCUGCCGUGAGCAUGCUGGUGCGAUCUGCUGCACUCACAGGAAGAGUUUGGUUAGAUGUGCACCUAGAAGAUGUGUCCCGGCUGGGAGCACCCACUUCGGCUCAGCUCCUGGUGGACUUGCGGCGGAUCGUGUACCGCUUGCUGGGCAGGGACACCAUCACGGAGACGCGGAGUGAUCACUCGGGCGUCACCAGCAGCAAGAUCGUCCUGGAUCCACAAAAGCUGCCCCCCGCGGAGGAUCUGCUGAGAUGGCCUUGGUCGCAUCGCUGGCAGAUGUUCCGCUCCAUCGUCGAGCACCACCUGCUUGACACGACGAAGGGUGAAGGAGAGCAGGCCACGCCAGUGGAGACAGCCGUGUUUGAGGCCUUUGAGGCAAGGAAGAGCGACGACCAAGUGCCUGACUGGGCACAUGGUGCUUUCGCGGCGAUGGUCCUGGAAUACGUGGCGUCCCUGAACCGCAGGCCGGAACCAACAAUGCUCCGAGAGCACGAGUUCGACUCCCUCGCGGCCACUAUUGCCUUGAGCUGCGAGAUCUCGUUGCCCGGAGCGCCCUUGGCCAAAGCAUCUCCGCAGUUGCAAGAGAAGCUCGCGCACGUGAAGAUGAUCAUGUCGCAAGUGAUCACCACGCACUUCCAUGCAAACGCAGAGGUGCGGAUGCCCACUCGCGGCAUAGCGGUCUCCACCUACUUCCAGGCUUCGGCUCAUCUGCUUAUGGACAUUGCACGGCUGCUUCAGCUGGAUGCGGACUUUGGCCAAGGAGCCAUGGUCAGGGUUCCUCAGUGCCGCCCGUGGGCGUUCGGGGGCACACCAUUGGUGGCUGCCCUACCGGCUGACUAUGUAGUGCCGAAGGUCUGGGAGCAUACGGAGCAAGGUGGAACCUUUGGUGGAACGAACCGGCCCUAUGCAGGGGCUUGGGGCGAGGACAAGCCCUUGCCAAAGGGUGAGCAUAAGAUCCAGCUCUAUUCCAUGGCAACCCCGAAUGGGGUGAAGGCCACAAUCUUUUUGGAGGAGCUUGUAGACGCGUUGCCGAACUUCGAGUAUGACGCCUGGUUUAUUCCCAUUAACGGUGCGCAGUUCACCUCUGGCUUUCACGCGGCAAACCCCAAUUCCAAGAUCCCUGCGAUGAUGGACUACACCGACUCGUCGAAGCCGGUCCGGGUCUUCGAGUCAGGCUCCAUUUUGCUCUACUUGGCCGACAAGUUCGACAAAGAAGGGCGCUUCUUUCCUAAGGAAUAUCCCGCCCGUGCAGAGUGUCAAAACUGGCUCAUGUGGCAGAUGGGCACCGCGCCCUUUCUCGGAGGAGGCUUUGGACACUUCUACCACUACGCACCAGUGAAGAUCGAAUAUGCGAUCAACCGGUAUGCCAUGGAGACUAAGAGGCUUUUUGAUGUACUGGACAAGCACCUAGGAGAAGGAAACAAGAAGUACGUGUGUGGAGACCAGUAUACCAUUGCCGACAUGGCGAUUUUCCCCUGGAUCGCAGGCUUUGUUGAUGGCAUCAUCUAUGGCGAAGCCCAAGAGUUUCUGCAAGUGAAGGAGUACAAACAUCUUUGCGCCUGGUCCAAGCGCAUUGGAGACCGCGCCGCGGUGAAACGUGGAGUCAUGGUGAACCGGGCCUGGGGCGAGAAGUCCAGCCAGCUCCACAAUGGACAUGCGCGCAGCGAUUUUCAAUCUAAGACGCAGGACAAGUUGGAGGCGAAAUGA